UAACGUUUAUCGAUACACACAUCCAAGGUAAACUCCCAUAAAGCGUAAAAACCAAAAGAUACUUUUCCUGCCCAGCAACCGUACGCAAAACCAAGUACUUCUAUCUACCGUGUAACAUGAAUAGUGCUUGUUUUCGUAACCAUACAUACAAUAUUUUAUUGCUGGUUUUGGUGGUAAAUUUGCAUUGUUAACGGCCGCGGCCAGACGUGCCCCGCUUCUUUAACACACACGUCUCUCAAACGAAUACCGAUCAUCAAGUGUUUCCCCUAUUGACUCUCGUAUAAUAGCCACAUGUAAAAAUCAAAAAUAAAACCAACAACAAAUAGCGAUACUGAUACCGAAAGCAACUAAACCGAAACCGAGUGUAUACUAAAUACAUGCCCGUCUCUACCACUUAAGACCGCCAUCUGCCCUUUGCGUUGCCGUGCCGUGCCGUGCCGUGCCAUCCGUUGACACUUUUGUAUCUGGCUGUAUCCGUGUAUCUGUAUCUCAAUCUCAUUGACCAACUACCGCAAGCGCAAAUGCAAAUGUAAUCUGCAAAAUGCAAACUGCAAAAUGCAAUCUGCACACACCCGAAUCUCAGCUGAGCUCAACUCUUAAACGUUUAAUCCUCGAACUGCCUACGAAACCAAUCAACCUAUGUAUCAGCCAACCUGAAACAAAUCAACCAAGCAACCUAUCAACGGUCUACCGCAACUGGCAAACCAAAACGGCUUUAGUUUCUGUGUGAUUAAAAGAUUAGCCCAAAGAAAGCUCUCGCCCAGUCGAAAGUCGAAUAGCAACAUCAGCGCAGUAGCAACAGCAGCAGCGGCAGCAGCAGCAGCAACAACACCUGCAACAGCAGCAGCAGCAUGCUCAACUCGAAUGCCAGCAGUGGCAACUUGGGCAACGGCAACGGCAACAACAACAACAAUCAUGGGGGCAGCAGCCGUCGACCCUUUUCCCGCAACUCCUCGUCGAACCGCUCGCAUCGCGGCGGUGGGGGCGGACUGGGAGGUCGUAUGCUCUACUCGCCACACCCACAUCCGCACGCCCACGUCCAGCAGCAGCAGCAACAACAACAGCAACAGGGGCAGCAGCGGUCCGGCAACAACAACAACAAUAGCCUUUUACCUGGCCACAGUCCCUGGUGCAACGUCAAUUUGAACGGCGGCAACAGCAACAACAACAACAACGGUGGCAACAUCAACAACAACAGCAACAACAACAACAAUGUCAAUAACAAAGAUGCAAACCCAAAUUGCGAUGUACAAACAAGUAAUUCUAGCGGAACUUGUAUUUAUAACAAUAGCAAAGCGCAUCAUCAUCACAACAACAGCAACAACAAUGGUCACACUCAGAGCCACAGUCACACUAAUCACCCCCAUGCCCAUUCCCCACACCCACACCAAAGUCACCACCACCACCAGCAGCCCCAAAUGCACACCCAUCACCACCCGCAUUCGAGUCCACCCCAGCAGAAUAACAGUUACCGCCACAGUUACCCACCGCAUUCCCCGAACUCCCCACCACACAGCAACGGUCAUACCAACAGCAACACUAGCAAUCCGAGUAGUCAGCGUCCUCCUCAGCAGCCUUAUGGUAGUAGUACUAGUCCCCAUGCCAAUCCGAACCCAGGUUCCUAUCCCAGUUACUACGAGAUGUGUCCGGGAAGUGGUGGAUCUGGCACACAGACCCACACCUAUGGAUCCAUGUCCGUGUCCCUGGUGAGACUGAAUGCCGCCCGUUUGUGCCUAACGCUAGGUCCUGCCACGCCUCCACCCGCCCAGCGAGUAGUGUCCUUCAGUCCCCGCUCCCACUCCAAUUCCAGCUCCAACUCCCAAUCCAGUUCCAAUUCUCGAAGCUCCAGUGAUCGUGAUCAGUAUCAUUAUAACCCACCGCCAUUUGGUCAGAACCAUCAUCCCAGUCCACAUCAGUACCAGUACCAGUACCAUCCGCAACACCAGUACCAUCCAUUGCAUAACCCACAGCAACAGACUAAUCGCCAAUCCCUCCCGCUAACACGAACGAAUUCAAAUUCAAGCAACGCAACAACUUUCAAUUCAACCAAUCCAACAACAAAUAGUAAUCCUACUGAUGUUGUGAAUGUAAAUUCUUGUACCGAUAUAAUUCCUCAUGGGUCUUCUUCGUCUGCGUCUACGUCGUCGAUGCUGCCCCAACAACAACAUCAAAUUAAUAACGCAUCCGCACCCAUCAAUAGCCACAGCCAGGGACAGGGACCCGGCAACUCGCCCAAUCUUGGCCACAAUCACCAACGUGGCUACAACAACAACAAUGGAAACAACGGGAACAACAUCCGUGGUAUCGGGAAUGGAAUCGGUAAUGGUAAUGCCAACGGACCACCCGACUAUAUGAACUACCGACGUGGCCUAUGUCCGGCCUUAUCGCGGGACUACCCUGGGGGAAAUGGCAAUGGACACGGCCACAAUGGUCGUCGCUAUAUGUCCGAUCAUCCGAACAACCCCUCCUCAUCCAUGAACGGCCUCCUCAACUCCGGACACCACCAGCGCAACUACAACGAUAGGAACUUGAACAACCACUUUGGAAACUCUGACCAAGGCGGUCCAGACCAUCGGGAUCGAGCUGAGGGCUCUUCAUACAACUUUAUGCGUAACGGAGGUAGCGGAGGAGGCUAUGGUCGCAAUGGAUCGCACUACCAGCACAUGGCCUAUGGAAACAACAAUGGUGCCUCUACAUCCUCGGGCGGUGGUCCGGGGCUGAUGGGAGAACUUCCCUCGGGAUCGGGCCUGUCGGGCUCCUCGCUGUCGCUGAACAAUGGACCCGGAGGACCCAAUGGCCUCAACUCGGACAGUCCGUCGCGCAAGCGUCGUCGCAUCUCGGGAAGACCCCAGAACGGGUCGCAGCCCCAGCACCGCUGCCUGAUGACCCACAUGCAGCAGGGAAGUCCGCCGCUUCGACGUCCGCGUUUGCGUGAUGUGGCCACCUCCACGCAGCAGCAGCAACAGCAGCAAUAUGGCCAGCAGGUUCACCAUCCCCAGCAGCAGCAACAGCAGCAGCCGCCUUCUAACUACCACCCGAUGCACCACCAUCAACCCCAGCCCCACUAUGUCCCCCAGCAACAGGUGCCACCGCCGCAUGUCCAGCGUUCUCCGUGGGAUUUGGGCGGAGGAAGUGGAGGAAGCACCGGUGGAGCAACCUCGAGCAGCUCGGUGGGUCCCAUUUUGCAGCAGGUGCAGGCACCGCCGCAGCCACCGAGUCACCAGCAAGCGGUGGGCUAUCCGCCUGCACCACCGCAGCCCACCUCCCUGAUGGUGGACCUCAAUCUGAACCAGGUGCCCGUUAGCCUGCAGCUGCGUCCCUCGGAGCCCUUCUGGGCCUCCUUCUGCACGUAUCCCAUACCGGCGCAGGCUAGACUGGCACCCUGCCACCUGCAUGGUGUCUACACGCAGCCCUUCCCCACCGCCCCGCCUCCUGGACUGGCUGCUCCGCCGCUCCAGCAACAACAUCAGCCACUCAUACAGGCCCAGCAAAUGAUAGCCCAGGCCACGUUGACCGCCCAGCAGCAGCAGCGGGAUGUGGUGGCCAUUGCGACGGCCAAUCUGGGACCCAUCGAAGCACCCGGUGCCCAUGGCCAUCCGCAUGCCCAUCCCCAUGCUCAUCCGCAUGCCCACCAGCUGCCGCCGGGCAUUCACAUCACCCCGUUGAGCGGAGCAGCGGCUGCGGCCGCCACCCAUCACCUACAUUCCACGGCGGCAGCUGCAGCAGCCGUCGCCGCCCAGGCCAGCGCCCAGAUGUCCGCCGGCCCGCAGCAGAUCAUCAUCUCGUCGGACCGCCGCACAUUCCCGCCCCACCGCCGCAUCCCGCGCUUCUGGCCGGCGAACCAUGGCCACCGGCAUGUCCUGCCGCCCCAGUCGCUGGCCGCCCACCAGGCUCCGGUGCAGAUCCAGGCCACUUCGGGCAUCAUCAACCCCGGCUUCUUGCUGAACUUCCUUGCCAUGUUCCCGCUGUCGCCGUACAACCAACAUGACCUGAGCUCCGGGGACACCAAUGAGACGGAGAACUACGAGGCACUGCUCAGCCUGGCCGAGCGUUUGGGCGAGGCCAAGCCAAGGGGACUCACCCGCAACGAGAUCGAUCAGUUGCCCAGCUACAAGUUUAAUCCGGAGGUGCACAAUGGCGAUCAAUCAUCCUGUGUGGUGUGCAUGUGUGACUUUGAACUGCGCCAGUUGCUGCGCGUCCUGCCCUGCUCCCACGAAUUUCAUGCCAAGUGCGUGGAUAAAUGGCUGCGGUCGAAUCGCACCUGCCCGAUUUGCCGGGGCAACGCAUCCGACUACUUCGAUGCCGAUCAGCAGCAACAGGCGCAGGCACAGGCGGCAUCCGGAGCAGCGCGCCUGAGUGGCACUUCCGGAGGAAAUGGCGGAGUGGCGGGCACUUCCGCGGCAGCGUCCACCACCGCCAAUCCCCAGCAGAGCCAAGCGGCCUAAACCUUCGAUCGUCGUAUUCCACCACCACACUACACCUCCAGCUUUGGCUUUUCCGGGCGGUGAGUGGGCGAGGUGGAGGAGUUUUUUCGCGGUUGGAAGGAUGGGCCAGCGGCGG